AAUGGAAUUGUAUGGAAGCGAAGUUCCCUUGAUUCCUCCAAGUCCAAAUUCAGAUACCGAAUGCGCAACUGAGAUGGAAUCGAUCAAAAACGCUGAUGAAAAACCAAAUGAUCCAAUAAUGCCAAUAAAACCUACCGAAGAAAUAUGCGCACCAGGAGGAGCUGUAAAUGAAGUACUAACUGGCUCACAUUCGAGCGACUCUGAAUCCGAUUCCGGCAGUAGUGGCAGUAGCAGUGAUGAGGACAGAGAUAGCAGCAGUGGAUCUUCCGGUUCAUCUGAGGGCAGUAGUGAGUCAUCUGAAAGUGACCAAGGCGAAAAAGCAGUUGAGCGAAGAAAACGAGAAAGACGUCAUAAAGCAAAAAAGAGACAUAAGUCACGGCGUCACAGGAGUCGACGUCGAUCACAUUCGAAGGAGGCGAGAAAAAGGCGGAAACACAAGCACAAACACAGGUCAAAAGGUCACCAUCGAAGAGACAGCGAGAGAGACAGAGAAAGGAGACACAAAGAGAAGCGCCGAAGGAGGCGAAAGAGAGCUAAACAUGGGGGCAAGAAGAGUCACAGACAUUCGAGCAGACAUCCGGAUCAUGCGUCCAGUGGCGCGAGAUCAGGCCACAGAGAGCGCGAGAUGUCUGCAGACAACAGAGAUCAUAAUAUCAGGUCUCGUGAGCGGAACCCUAGGCCUCAAAACGGCAGAAUAGACAAAAGAGAAGACCUCGUGCUCAAAGAUCCACAAAAAGCAUUGGCUGAAAGACUAGCUAAAGUGAAAAGAGACGAAAACAUUUCAAUUCCACCACCGUUAUUGGGCGAAAGAGGAAACAGCGGAGACAGACAGGGAGAGAUAAGCAAAACUGCAGCAGAGAUAGCCCAGAGUUUCUUGGAAGCAACGGCCAAUGCUCCAGUUAAGACCUUGACUCAUCCGCCGCCUCUGAUGGGCGAGAGCAGAAGAGACAGAGGAGGUCCACCGCCUAAGGGACGCAGGAUGAGUCCACCGCCCCCGGAACAUCGGAGAGGAAAUGGACCGCAGAUGCCCGGAUCAUCAGGCGGUGGGAGGAGAGAUCGGGGGUCCAGCUGGAGUCGAUCACCCCCAAGGGGAGGGGAAAAUAGCAGAAGAGGAAGGGGACAUUCAAGAGACAGAGAGAUCAUGCGUGAUGGAAGAGGUGGCGAAGGAGGAGGUGGUAGUCGGGGCGAUAGGAGGUCAACGGGGGGAAGAGACAGAGAAGAGGAGAGAGGUAGAAACAACAGGAGGAGAAGCUCAUCGGCAGAGUCCAGUGAUCAAGAAGCCUAUGGCAGAUUCAGACCGGGUAGGGACUACAGCAGAGGAGGGCGUGGCAAGGGUGGUGGAGGCGGAGGGAGAAGAAAUAGGGAGAGGGAGAGGGAGGAAUGGAAAGAGAGACAGCAGAAGAAGGAUGAUAUGAACAGAGAUAGGGUCAAAAGAGAGACGGGGAUAGCUGUUCCAGAAUACUACAAAGCAUCUGCGAUAAAUCCUGAACACUUCGCUGAGCAGGAGCGGAAGCGCAAGCUGCUAUGGGGAAAUAAAACCAAAGACAAAGACACUGGAGUGUCAGCUUCUAAAACAGCAUCUAUUUGGGAAGCGACUUCUUUUCAGGACGACACGAGUAAUCAGAAGUUUCGAAGACUAAUGGGAAUCAAAGAAGGAGAGAGUGAUGGUGCGUCUAAAGCAGAAGGAGGUUCGGCCAGUGGCAACAACGGCACCUCCAGUGGCCCCGGAGAAGCGAGCAAACUGGCACAGAAGCAGGACGAACUGUUCCGCAAACUUGACCAGCAAUACGCAGUUGCCAGACUACAGACACAUACGCAGAGAGGAACUGGGUUAGGUUUUAACUCAUAGCACAGAAGAUGCACUGAAUUCCAAUUAGGGAAAUAAAUCCCAGCGAGAAUAGCCAAUCGGAUUGAAGAGAUGCGUUUUUAUUUCCAUAUAUGGACAAAAUGACAAGCGCCUACGUGAGUAGUAGCUGAGCCAAUAAGAAUUGAGGAAUGACAAAAAGAGUUGGCCAAGUGAAGUAGUGUCGAUAUUUGUGCAAUCGAAUAAGCUAUGGUGCGAAAAAAUGUCAAAAUAAUCUAUAUAACUUUUCUGCAAAAUAAUGGUGAUAUGCCACAAAUGCUGCUGUAUUCCUUAAAGUUUCAUUUAAUUUUUUCCAAUUAUCUUGAUAUUUUCCUCAAUGUUACUUCAGACUUCACAUUUGUUUCAAUUCUUUAAAAUCUUAUAGUUGCCUUUUAGAAUAAAAUUUUGGUCAU